AUGGUUGUGCGGAAGAUUGACGAAAGGCCGUUUUAUCUAAAAGUCGAUGGCAAAUGGGUAUAUGUGGAUGAAGAUGUGCUCAAGAAUCAUCCCGGAGGAAGUGCCAUCACCACUUACCGCAACAAAGAUGCGACCACAGUCUUCCAUACAUUCCAUGCAGGAUCGAAGCAAGCGUAUCGAUGGUUGCAACAAUUGAAGCAACAAUGUCCUACCCAAAAUCCACAGAUUGUCGAUGAGAAGGAAGAAAUGCUACCCGGCUAUGAGGACGUGAAUAUGGGUGACUUUGAUAUAACUGAAGAGAAGAGCGCAUCGAUCACGAAGAGUUUCGAUCAGCUUCGACUCCGAGUUCGUCAGGAGGGUCUCAUGGACGGCAGUUUGCUUUUCUAUUCCAGAAAGGUUGUAGAGUCGCUCCUGAUCAUUGCAAUGGCCGUGUAUCUGCAGUUUAACGGUUGGUAUCUGUUGUCAGCAGUGCUCAUGGGCCUUGCAUGGCAGCAGCUCGGAUGGCUCAUCCAUGAGUUCGCACAUAACCAGCUUUUCAAGGACCACUGGCACAAUGAUCUCGCCAGUUAUUUUGUGGGAAACUUCCUGCAAGGAUUCUCUUCGGGAGGCUGGAAGGAACAGCAUAAUAUUCAUCACGCUGCUACCAACGUCGUCGGACGAGACGGAGAUCUUGAUUUGAUGCCUUUAUGGGCUACCGUUGUUCAAGAUCUUAAGAUGGCCGACAACUGGUGGCUGACGAUUCUGCCCUACCAGCACAUUUAUUGGUCCGUGAUGCUGCCGUUGCUUCGAAUAAGCUGGCUUCUACAGUCCAUCGUGUUUGUGAACGGGAUGCCACAGCACUACUAUAAGUACUAUCGAGACCGAGCUGUUUAUGAACAGGUAUCUCUAACCCUACAUUGGAUACUGGUGCUGUUACAAUUAUAUUUCCUUCCAUCGAUGCAGAUCAGAUUGAUGUUCUUCGCAGUUUCCCAGCUAACCGGUGGAUUUCUGCUUGCUCAUGUCGUCACUUACAAUCAUUACUCUGUGAACAAGUUCCCAUAUACCUCAAAGAUCAUGUCCAACUACGCAUGUCUUCAACUGAAUACGACAAGAAACAUGCGGCCUGGCAUAUUCAUUGAUUGGCUAUGGGGUGGACUCAACUACCAAAUAGAACAUCAUCUUUUCCCAACGAUGCCUCGGCAUAAUCUCAGCAAGGUGAUGCCCUUGGUGAAACAGUUCUGCGCAGAAAACGAUUUGCCGUACAUGGUCGACGACUACUUUACGGGAUGGAAAAUGGAAAUCCAACAAUUUGCCAACGUCGCCAGAAUUGCAUCAAAGAUGAAGAAUAAAAUUCUGUAA